GUAGCCAAAAAUGAUACGGAGUGUAUUUCCUAUGAACACGUGAUUCAGAGCGUCACCCAACAUCCUAAACCCUUUCAUCUAAAUUUUGGAGAAGGGCGGGGGUUGGACGGUGAAUGUAUAGAGAUACGCUCUAACGAAGCGAAAGUGUUGGACACGAACCACGGUCGGUCAUAAUUUUGAUGUCUGCCUGUUGAAAACUGAAGUGUAUUUGAGAAUUUGCCAAAGAUGUGGCUUAAUAAUUUUGACGUCCUUUCCUAUCAGAAAAGGUCUUACCUGCCACAUAAUGAAAGCAGUCUAGCCUAAUGAAUAGGCUACAUAAUAAUGAGGUAACUCUGUUUUGCCAAUUUAACGUGUGUUAAGGCGCCUCGUCUGUCGAACCACAGGAACGUUGAGAGUGAGAUUGUCCCUGAAUAUCAAAAAGGCCUGCUCAGCGUAGUGAAUAGUGCGCGUAAAGGGGUGGAUAGCUCAUGCCACAAAUAUGUCGCACCGACGCGCCAUAUCCUAUUUCUAUUUACAUUUUCCAGCUUUACUGACUCAAGAUUCAUCGAGGGACAAUUCAUCUGAGGUCAUAGCUAGCUAGCUUCCCUGGUCCAUUAAACAAAUAAGGUAUACCAAAGACUAGGCUCUUACUCCUUGGUUGGUUAUACAGUACGUGUGCGUAAAAAUAAGGCACCAUAAGUGGCAAUAUGGGGACAUUGACUCCAUCAUUUGCAUUGCCAGAUGAUAAUUAUUAUUUUGAUUGCCAACAUGUUUCAUCUUUUGAAUUCAAUUCAGGAAUACAUAGACCUUAUCAAUCACUUUAAAUCAUGCCGGGCUGGUAUUAUUUUUAAAUAUUAGGAAUCAAUGUCAUGAUAAAUCAGCAAAUUAGACGUGCUAUUUUAUCAUCAUAUGAUAUAGCUUACUUCAGACCAGGCCUAUACCCAAAGGCCUACCGCAAACCUUCAUCGUGUCUGUAAAAAUGUACAUGGUCUUACUCCUUGGUUAUAGACUUGUGGUAAAAACAGAAUGUUCCAAUAUGUGGCAUUGGGACAUUGCGUCCAUCAUUUUAAUUGCAAGGUUAAUUAUUAAUUUUAUUGCCAACUACACUGUUUAAACGUUUGAAUUAUUAGGCAUAAACUACACAUACAUGAUCUAUACCAUGAUACCACAACUAACAUAACUUGAUAACACACAUGAUUAAUGAUUACGUGGUCUCCUUUUAAAUAUUAGUGACAUAAAUGUCGCCAGUCAGAUAAUUAGGCUUGUGCUUAGUUUUAUAAUCAUAUGAUAUAGCCUACUCCUUCAGUGAUUUUUCGUAGUGUCAAAAUGUACUGUCGUUCUACAGUAGGCUAGUCCGGGCAUUUGAGGUCGUGACUUGAGUGGAUACUGGAUAGGGUUUGUUUGCCUCCAAAUUCAAACUGCUGGCCAAUGAGCGAGCGCUUAUAGCGGAGUGACAGGUGUAUAGCGCAGGCUUGUCUGCACGAUUCUGGUUCCUAACUUUCGAGUAGCCAAUACUGACUACGGAUGGGCUGGAACUGAAUAAAUUGCUAAAUACAAAUUUGCUUCUUCUGGCUAGGCUACAUUAUAUCACGAGGGACACUGAAUUGAAUGGUUACUGUCUAUUCUAAAUAGUUCACUUAACGUUAUGGCUCUAUCGCAAUGUUUGGAAGAUUCACCUGUAAGGUGGCCGUCAAGAAGACAGGAAAAUGAUUUGAAUGUAAAGGAGUUAUACAACGAAAGGCACCGACUGGCGUUAGAGGAACUUAUUUCAGGAGGAGUUGAUUCGUUUUUGGGAUUUCUAAGAAAAGAGAGAAUACCGAACUUUCUCUCUGAUGACGAGAUCAGACGCAUUGGCUGUGCUGCGGUGGUUCCACGCGGUGUGUCCCUCCACGCAGAGGACGUGAUUUUUGAACAGUCGGUAAGCAGCUCCAUGGAUUGCUCCUCGGUCACUUACUUCCCCGAGGUCUCGGACGUGGAGCCACCGCUGUUGGAAAUCGGCUGGCCCGCCUUUACAUCGGGCUCUUACCGAGGAGUCACUCGUGCUGUCGCCCACUUCCAACCCAGUUAUGGAGAAUGCAUCUAUAGUUGCAAGGAAGCUGCGAGAAGAAUGAUUCAAAGUGCCAAGGAGGUGAUCGCCAUAGUGACAGACUCUCUGACAGACCUGGACAUCUUUAAGGAUCUCCAGGAGGCGUGCACACAGCGCAGAGUUCCAGUCUACAUCCUGCUGGACUGGUCCUGUGUGCCGGCAUUCCUCAAAAUGUGCAACAACAUCAAUGUGCGCCUGGACGAUCUUAAGCAAAUGCGAGUGCGGACCAUAACUGGUGGUACAUACUUCAUGAGGUCAGGGGCCAAGAUUACUGGGAAGGUUCAUGAACGGUUCAUGUUGAUUGAUGGGAACAGAGUGACUACAGGCUCCUACAGGUUCAAUUGGACUGAUGGGAAACUAAACAGCAGCAACAUGAUCGAGUUGUCUGGCCAGAUCACUGAGAACUUUGAUGAGGAGUUCCGGAUUCUGUACGCUCAGUCCAUGCCUGUUAUUACCAGGGGCCCAGCCAGUGCCCGAAACAGUGGCUUCUACGACCACCUUCUCAUCAAACACCCCGUCACCUCAUCCCCUCAGCCGGGCAAAGAGAGGCCCCCAGUCAAGCCUGUCUGUCUGGAAGUGUUGGGGAAAACUGUCUGUCUGACCAGCACACCCAGCCGGGCCCAGGCUGUGGCAGUGCCGCCCUCCAGAGAAAUGACUGGGAAGAGCAGCCCUUUGUCGGCCUCCUCCACUAUAGGGGAAGACUGGAUGGAGCAGCGACACAUGCAGGAGGUCCUGGCUGGAAGUGCCACCCAGUGCCUGCCCACAGGUGACCCUACCACUGCCACAUUAGCAGUGGAUGUGCAGGUCACACCCUCCAUCCCUACCUGCUGUCAUGUCUCCACCCAGACCAGCUGCCCUGCGGUGGACCUUGGAGUGCAGACUGAUCUGACUCAGUACACUAAGCACCUCUCACCCAACAAGGCUACAUUUACUCCCAUUACCAGCACCACGACUCAGACCAACAACAUUCAGAGUGAAGCUGCCGCCUCCUCAGAUUCUGUCUCUACCUCCCCCAGGCAGCACCUCGCCCCCCGUGGGGUGGACCGUCGCCCUGCAAUCCGUCACUGUACUGCACCCCCUGAUGGGAACCUGAGGGAGUGCUUCCGCAAGCUGACCAAAGAGCGUCAGUAUCACUACUCCACCAUCCGCUCCAAGCUGGAGCACAUGGUGACCAUGCUGUCCCACCGCCGUGAGCUGGUGGACCUCACCAACAUGGCCCUGGGGCCCGGGCUGCACAGAGCAUGCAAUGCCCAGAAAGAGCGGAGACAUAACCCUGGCCUGCUGAUGGACAGUGUGGGCAUGGGCACAUGGCCAAGGGCUAGAUGUUUACACUAACAGGACUUACAGGGCUGCAGGGGCUUGAAGGUGGAGGGUGUUGUAGAAACCGCUCUGUGUUUCGUAGGUAUACACUACUUGAAACAAAUGGGUUUAAAGAGCAAUAUGACAUUUGAGAAUUAGUCUUCCUUAGAGUUUAGAAUUUGAAAGUAUGUGUCACUGUGUCUGUGUUGUGAUGUAGCCUUCCUAUUUUUAUUGUGAAUCUGUUCCUUUUCUUUGACCCCUGUUUGAACAUUUCUACUUUAGAAACUGGCGUCAAAUGGCAGUAGACAGGCGAUGGAUAUACUGUAAUUUGCCUUGACUAUUUUUGCUACAAAAUGUAAUGUUUUUAAGUGUAGACAUUGUGCAGUAAGACACAAUCUAUAUAUGGUUUUGAUGAUUUAAAAAAAUAUAUUGAAACAAUAAGAUUGUCCAAAGAUUUAUUUGAGAAAUACUGUAAUUACAAUUCAGAAAUUUAUAUUUGAUGAACAUUUUAUUAUACAGCAUUCUAACAUUCAGUUUAACUUGUUAGGUUCCAAUUUUGAGUAAAUAACUCACGGACACUAGAGAAGCUUAACCAAGUUUAAUUCUUCCCAAAGAGUUGUUACAGCUGUAAUUCAGACCAAAACUCUCUUCACACAAGCACGGAUAUUUAACCCUUUCUCCUAGGCUGAGUCUCCUUUGCAACUGAACAGCCAAUGCAUCUCUUUUGCUAGACAGAACUUUAGUGAUAUCUGUUCUUCCUUACUUCAUCUAACCUGACCUCUACCCCAAAGUCCUCACUCCUCCCCAACUCCAAGGCGGUCAUGGUUAUUGAUACCAGACGGUGUCUCUUCUCCACCCAGAGGAUCCCCGAUUGCUAAAAAGAACAUAUCCCGACAUAAUUAUACAUCACCCUCUUUCCCUCCGUGACAUUGUUAGGUUCUAAGCUCUCCACCCGUCUCCCCUACACAUUCCCAAAGCCAUCUAACUCCUACAGAUAACCAUUCACUUCUGAUGUAAAAACCAGUCUCUAUCAUCUCUCAGAUACCAUACUUCUGAUCUAUCAUGUCUCUAGUAUAGCAAUGUUAAAAGUUUACCCAGAAUCGAACAAACUAAAUCUGAGUACUGAGAAAGCAGUUACGUGUUAUAUCAAUGUAUGUACUUUAUUGCUGACGCUUAAAAUAAAGGAGUAUUUUACAUA